AUGUUAGCUGUAGGGGAUGAUGUAGAUGCAGGAAGGGGUGGAGCUUUAGAGGAUGCAGCAGACCCAAGACUGGGUGGAGCUGUAGGGGAUGUUGGAGAUACUGGAGUGGGCAGAGCUGUACAAGAUGUUGUAGAUGCAGGAAGGGGUGGAGCUUUAGAGGAUGAAGCAGACACAGGACUGCUUGGAGCUGUAGGGGAUGUUGUAGAUGUAGGAAGGGGUGGAGCUUUAGAGGGUGUAGGGGAUGCAGGAAGGGGUGGGGCUUUAGAGGAUGUAGUAGCCACAGGAGUAGGUGAAGCUGUAGAGGAUGUUGUAGAUGCAGGAACGGUUGGAGCUUUAGAGUAUGAAUCAGAUCCAGAAGUGGGCGGAGCUGUAGAGGAUAUAGUGGAUAGAGGUAAGCAUGAAGCUUUACGAAAUCUAGUCAAGGCAGAUGAGGAUAGAACUCUUGAAACUGUAGUUUAUUCAGGUAAGGAGGAAGCUCUAGAUAAAGCUCUAGGAGUUGCAGUGGACUUAAAUCAGGUGGAAACCUCAGGGAAGGAGGGGGUAUCAUUGGAGAUAGAGAAUCCAGAGAAGGAUAAAGGUUCUAUGGGGUGGGAUGGGUCAAAUAAAGAAGAGGAUUUUGUGGAAACUGUAGGGUCUGAGAUGGCAGAGAGUUCUCAAGAAUCACAAUUCUUGGAGGCCAUAGAAGAGAUGAUGGAUGUUUCAUUUGUAACUUUGGAAUUAGAGACAACUGAGAGGCUUGAGGAAACAAGACCAUUAAGUCGUCUCAGCAAAGGGAGCAGCAGAGCCAGGUCAGAUGAUCUAACAAUAUAAUUGACCAACAAGCAAAGAUAGCCAAAUAAUAUAAACUGUCAAAUCUUUGAUACCAAAAUGCCAAAGUGCCACAUAAUCAGUAGGACCACAAGCAUGGUUCAACAAGAUAUUACAUUUUUUCAAGUUUGAUAAAUAACUACAAGAAACACAUUUUUAAAAUUUUAAGAGAAUAAAAACAGUUUAUAAGAUUAGAUUAGAUUAGAUUAGAUUCAAUUUAGUUCAGAGCCAAUGAAAUGCAGUAAAUACCAAACUUUAAACAUUAGCUGCUUUCUGAAAGGUAGAUAAUUUCUCACAAUGAAAAUGACUAAGAACAUUUUUUCCAAACUUUAUUUAGGCAAGUAUUUAAAGGAAUUGUGUUUUUAAUCACUUGUUGUCUAGAUGUAAUAAGUUUACAUUUAUUCACAAAUCCCCUGCUGUUUUAUCUCAUUUCAUACAAAUCCCAUGCAAAAUAGUCAAA